GGGAUGGCAAGUGCACACUGACAAGGACAGUGGGAAAGAGUUCUAUCACCACCCGGCCACGGGCCAAACCACUUGGGCCGACCCCCGCAGCACCCUCCCCUCCACGGACAUGGAGCUAACCAAGGAGGCACUGGCUGUCCCGGCCCUGUCCCCAGCCCUUUCCCCGGCCCUGUCCCCGGCCCUCUCACCAGCCUCAUCCCAGGGUUCCAACUGGGAACAGGUGUUGGAUGAGACCACCGGUCGAAACUACUUCUAUAACCCCACAUCUGGGGCCACGUCCUGGGCAGCUCCGGAGCCCAUCUCCCCUUUCUCUCCUGUUACUGAGCCUCCUGUGCUGAAGCUCCCAGACGGAGGACCGCCCCCUCUCCCAAAGGAAGACUACCUGACAGAAGACCACGAGGCUCCAGACACCCCUCCUCUGUGUUCCCCAAAGACCUCCUGCCCAUGCCGCAGGGGCCAAACAGGCUGUCAUACCGGGCCAUUCUAG